CAAGGACGAUGGCUUAAGGGGCUCUAAACCAGUACUUCCGUCUUUCUGAGCACACUUGUUUGCGGGCCCCAACCAGUCCCAGGAGCUUUUUAUAGCUUAUUGUGGCAAUAAGGAGCUGUGGUAUGGUGGGAGGCAUUGUCGGCGUGCCGCUGAGCAGGUGCCGCCUCGACAGCGCUGCCGCCAGCGCCCUCAGCAGCACUUCCCGCAGUUCCGCCGCCGCCGCGGCGGCGGCGGCGACGAGGGCAGUAGCAGCUGCGGCCACAGCACGGCCAUGCGUUGCUACAGCCUGCUCGCCCUCGGGGUCAGCUAGCUCCUGGGCCGCCGCCUCAGCCUGUCGCGUCAGCACUGGACCCCAUGCAUCUGCUUCGCUGGCUGGUGCCGGGGGCGAGCACGCCGGGGCUCGUGGCGCCGCAUGGGUUUGCCACGCCACGCGACCGGUGCGCAAGCCACCGCUACGCAUGCGAGCGCCGCCGCCACAGCCGGAGGAUGGCGCGGAGAGCGGCGGGGCCACAGGCGAUGAUGACCUGGCGCUCAAGGAGGCGGUGGCGGCGGCGGCGGCGGCCCUCCUGCCGGGCGUGGUCCGGGUGACGUGCGUGCAGGACCUGCCUCGCUUCGACAUGCCGCUGCUGCUGGGCACUUUCAGGUCGUCCACGUGCAACGCCGUGGCGGUGGUUCACGGCGGCCAGCGCUACCUGCUGGCGCCCUCGGCGGCGGUGGCGUACGGCUCCCAGGUGCGCGUGUACCUGCCUGGCCGCGAGAAGCCCUUCCCCGCGCGGGUGGCGCACCUGGCAGUGGACUGCGAGCUGGCGGCGCUGGAGCUGAUCGGCAGUAGCAGCAGCAGCAACGGCAGCAACGGCAGCGGCAGCAGUAGCAGUAGCAGUAGCGGCGGCUCUGCGGCUGCCGCGGCGGCUGUGGAGGAGUUCUGGGGGGCGCUGCAGCCGUACCAGCUGGCGGACCAGGGGCUUCCGGCGCUGCAGGCGGCGGUGGGCGUGGUGUCGUAUGCGGAGGCGCAGCCGCAGCCAAGCCUGUCGCCCGGCACCGUCAUGCGCACCGAGGUCAUCACCUACCCCUCCGCGCUGCAGCGGCUGCUGGGGCUGACGGUGGCAGUGGCAAUCAGCAAGGAGCAGCUCGGAAGCGCGGUGGUGGACGGCCGGGGGCAGUGCUUGGGGGUCGUGUUCGGCCGCACCGUAGGCAGCGGCCGCCGCAAGGGCGGUGGCGCCGGCUCGGGCGCGGGCAGCGGCGGCAGUGGCGGCGGUGGCAGUGACUCGCGGUGGGGGCAGGGCCGGCGGCGGGUGGGGCGGCGGCGCGGGCGGCGCGGGCAGCAGGAGGCGUCGGCGCUGGUGGUGCCGGUGCCGGUGGUGGCCCACUUCCUGGAGGACCUCCAGAAGCACGGCCGCUACCUGGGCUUCCCCACACUGGGCAUCCAGUGGCGGCGCACCGAGUCGCCGGCGCUGAGGAGGUACACAGGCAUGGCGCCCGAGCAGACCGGCGUGGCCAUUGUGUCCAUCAACCCCACCGCGGCGCUGGCGGCGGCGGGCGGCCAGCCGCUUGACGUGCUGGCGGCGGUGGGGGACGCGGCGGUGGGCAACGACGGCACGGUGGCCUUCCGCGGCGGCUCCGAGUCCAUCAACAUCUCCUACCACAUCAGCCAGUUCCAGGUUGGCGACACGCUGGACCUGACGCUGCUGCGGCGCGGCGCCGCCCUCACGCUGCCCAUCACCCUGGGCGUGCCGGGGCGGCUGCUGCCGCUGCACCUGGCUGGCGCGCCGCCGCAGUGGCUGGUGGUGUCGGGCCUGGUGCUGACGGUGCUGUCGGGCCCCUUCCUGGAGGGCGCGUUCGGCCGCGGCUGGGCGGUGCGCGCGCCCGUGCAGCUGCUGCGCGAGUGGCACAACCACCCCGCCUCGGAGGAUGAGCAGGUGGUGGUGGUGGCGGAGUGUCAGGACAUGGGGCCCGGCAGUGCCACCGACGGCUACGAGCGGAGAGCGGUGAUGCACCAGCGGGUGGUGCGCUGCAACGGCCAGCGGGUCCGCAACCUGCGCCACCUCACCCUGAUGGUGGCAGAGGCCAUCGCGGACGCCACCAUCGCACCGGCGGUGCCAGCCGCCGCCGCCGCCGCCACCACCGUUGACGUCACCGCCACCGCCACCGCGGCUGUGGGCAGCUCCUCCCAGAGCCCUGAGCUCGGCUCGGGAUCCGGAUCGGGAUCCAGCUCGGGGCCGCCGCUGGAUCCGUCGUACAUCACGCUGGAGCUGUCGUCGCGGCUGGUGAUGGUGCUGCCCCUGGAGGUGGUGGUGGCGGACACGCGGGAGAUGCUGGGGGAGUACGAGGUGGCACACGCCGUGUCGGAGGACCUGCGGACAGAGUACGAGGGCGUGAUGAAGGCGAGGCGGCAGCAGCUGGCGGCGGCGGGAGAGAAGGGCGCGGGGGCGGGGGAGAAGGCAGGGAAGGGCAAGGGGAAGGGGCGGGGCGGGCGGAGCGGCAAGGGCCGGUAGGCAUGGAUGCAAUGUGGCUGCAAGCGGCGACGUCGCUGAGGCAAAGUAGGGUUGAUGCUUAGACCUACACACGUACAUGUGUUCAGGCCAGGUGGGCAGGCGUUACAUGGACGGCGCGAGGUGGUUGCCGCCAGGCCGCGCUGACCUGCGCUGACCCCGACUGUGUUCGUGUACGGGUUUGUCAGCCAGUACCUGGCGGUCCUUGAAGGGUUAAAGCCCCUCUCGAUUGGUCGUCAGGUCCACAGCCUUGCCACAUGUUGCGGAAUGUAUCGGCUGGCGUGCAGUCUGAGGCAGGGGAGUGUCGAAACACGGGAGGCGUAGUGUCGGCAAGAGUGCCGGCGUGAUGGGAGGCGAUGAUGUGGCUCCA